AUGGCAGUACUGCUUUACUUUCUCAACCGUUCCCAGUCUUCUUCUGCGAAGUCCCCACUUCCAGCCGGAGAGUACGAGGUUUUUCUCAACUUCAGGGGAUCCGACGUCCGCUACGAUUUCGCGGAUUCCCUCCAUACAUACCUGAAGAAGUAUGAGAUCCGCACUUUUUUUGACGAGGAAGAGCUGCACAAAGGGGAGGAAAUAGACUCGAAACUCCUGGAUGCUAUCGAGGGAUCCAAGAUCUACAUCCCAAUCAUUUCUGCAAAGUACGCUUCCAGUAGGUCGCCACUUAUGGAGCUAGCUCACAUGGUGAAGUGCUGUGAGAAAGAGAAGGGGCACCUCAUCCUUCCCAUAUUCUAUAAGGUGGAGGUUGGUGACGUGAAGAAUCAACGGGGUACUUUCGGGGAAUCCUUCAGGGAGCUCGCCCAGAAACAUGAUGCUAGAACAAUAAGGGAAUGGAAGAAUGCUCUCCGAACGGUCACGGAAUUAAAGGGAUGGACGGUUACUCCGACAACUAGGCAGGGAGUUACUAUUGAUGAAGUAUUUUUAAAGGCGAGGAAACAUCUGAUGGAGAAUUACAGGCAAGUGACGAAUCAGUUGGUUGGAAUCGAUUCCCACAUUGAGAAAGUGAAGGAGCUUCUAAAUAGAGAAGUGCAAACUGUUGGCAUUCAAGGUAUGAGCGGUAUUGGUAAGACCAAUAUAGCCAAAGCCGUUUAUGACUCUGUUAGUGCACAUUUUGAUCGAUGUUGCUUUGUGGAAGACGUGCGAAACAUAUUGUCAAAUGGUGGCCGCAUUGAAACUCUACAAAGCAAGAUUAUAUCUGACAUUUUAGGGUAUGACACCAAGGUGAGAGAUCCCAGUCAAGGAAUCCAAUUUAUCAAAGACAGAGUUUGUCGUAGGAAACGCAUUCUCAUCGUUCUUGAUAAUAUAGAUAGGUCGUUCGAGUUGGACACAACCUUGGGAGAUUUAGCAAAUUUUCACCCAGAGAGUCGCUUUAUUGUUACAACAGUGGAUGAGGAAAUUCUUAAGUUCUUUCCAAAAUGCGAGUCGUACAAGCCAGAUUUAAUGAAUGAUGACAUUGCCCUUCAACUCUUUAGUAGGCAUGCCUUUGGGAGUGAUUAUCCCCCCACAGGGUACAUGGAUCUAUCUCAGGACUUCGUAGAAGUUGCAGCAGGUCUUCCUUUGGCUAUCAAGGCCAUAGGUUCAGUAGUUUUCCGCAAAGAUAAAAAGUUUUGGGUUGCAAAGUUGAAAAUGUUUCGGGAGAUACCUGAUGAACAAGUGCAAAAGAGAUUGAAGAUUGUCUAUGAGGAGUUGUCGCUAGACGAAAAACACAUUUUUCUGGACAUUGCUUGUUAUUUUAUUGGUGAACCAACAGAUCGGCCGUCCUUCUUGUGGGAUGACUCCAAUUUACAUCCUUUGGUAUCAAUUGAUACCCUUUGUCUCAAGGCAUUCAUAAAAAUAAAUGAGAGAAAUGAAUUAUGGAUGCAUGAUCAGUAUAAACUCCUUGGUAGAGAUAUUGUUCGUGAGGAGGACAUUGUAAAUCCAUGGAAGCGCAGCAGGAUGUGGUCCAACAAGGAUGUGUUGAACAUGCUAAGAGAUAAACAGGGAACUGAAGAGUUGAAAAUUCUUAGAGUUUACGUGGAUCAUGAGGAUUUUGAGCUCACAGAGAAGGAGUUUGAGAAACUGUCGGGGUUAAAGUAUCUCGAUGUGUGCUAUGGAAGGCUGUCUGGAGAUUUCAAAAACGUUCUUCCGGAUCUGCGCUGGCUGCGUCUUUAUGGUUGCAGUUCAAUCCCUAUCGAUUUCAAUUUGGAGAAAUUGGUGAUUCUGGAUCUGAUUGCUUGCCCUGUAAGGGACGACUGGAGAAGCUGGAAGGGAAUCGAGAUAUCUGUAUCGGUGUGUGCUUUCUUGAUCCAGGAGGCAGGCACGCUGACUGCUAUCAAUGUAUCGGCCUGCAACAGAAUGACAAAAGUCCCGGAUUUGUCCGGAUGUAAACGUCUAGAACAGAUAUAUUUCAGGCGUUGUCCGAAGAUGCGCGGGGAACUUCACAUUGGCGAUCUGAAGGAUCUGAGAGUGCUACAUGUUACCGAGACCAACAUUACAAAGUUAAUAGGUGACAUUGGAAGGCUUGAGAAUCUGCAGGAGAUCAAUGUAGAUAAUUCGCGCUUGAGAGAACUUUCUGCGAGCACUGGUGAAGUGCCAGAACUCCCGACAAGUUUGAAGCGGCUAACCUUCCCAUCCCUUAGGGUUCCCAAUCUGUUGGAGCUCAAGGACUUGGAGAAGCUAUGGUUGAAUUGUGAUACACUCGAGAUUCCUGCGGAUAUGUGGAAGCUGUCCAAGUUGAAGGAUCUGUCGUUGAAUCAGGUUGGGUUCGAGAAGCAUCCCGUAGGGUUCCCAAUUUCCUCCUCGCCCACCCUUCCGCCAUCUCUAAAUGCGCUAUCGAUCUCAGGUUAUCGGUUUGAACCGUUGGAGAGACUGCCGAGCCUUGCGAAUUUGAGUAACUUGAUGCGCUUGACUUUGGCGGACAUUGAGGCACGCGAGAUCGCGGGUCUGGGAGAGCUGAGGAUGCUGGAGAGGUUCCACUUAUUGGAUGCUUCAAAUCUAAUUGAUCUCGAUGGCCUCCGACAUCUAGAGCUUCUCAAGGAUUUGUACGUGAGUGGUUGCCUUGUACUGACAGAACUGCCCAGCUUGUCAAAUUUGACCAAGUUGCAGGUGCUCAAAAUCAAUCAUUGUCCGCUUCUCUCUGAAAUUCAAGGGCUUGGCAAAUUGGAGUCAUUGGAAGUAUGGGAGAUUCAGGGUUGCCCUUUGAUUAGGAAUCAGCUGUCUGAUCUAUCUCCUUUGAAGCAGUUGCAGCGGUUACCAACCGGGUCGAAUCAUGUCACUUCGUCAUCCCGUUUCCUUGAUUCUCUUCCAGAGGAAGAGUGCGAGAUUUUACUGAGCUGUAGUGGUUUUGUCCGCGACAAAUUUGGCGCUUUCCUCAAUAGUCUCCUGGUUCGUGACAAGAUGCGGACCUUUCUUGACGAUCCAGAGCUUCACGAGGGGGAGAGAAUUGCCCCUUCUUUCGUCAAGGUAAUGGCGCAGUCCAGGGUAUACAUUCCGAUCCUUUCACCAGGUUUUGCAUCUAGCGCAUGGUGUCUUCAGGUGCUAGCUCUGAUGGUGGAACGUUACAAGGAAGAUAGAAGUCGCAUCAUACUGCCCAUUUUCUAUUACAGGAAUCCUGACGACUCCCAUGAGGGAGCAUGGGAACAUUUUCGAUUGAAAUAUAGUGAUGAAUCCAUUAGGGCCUGGAAGGAUGCUCUCAAACAGGUCGCGGAUUUAGCUGGAUGGUUGGUGACCGAGUCAUAUAGGUAA